UUUAAACUCUUCUCGCUGGAUCAGAGGCUUUAAAAUCUUUUUUCAUCUUGGAGCUGUAGCUCGGGCUGCUCGUCCGCUCGGCCUCUCCCCCCACCCUUCUGCUCUCGGCCUCGCCUUGGCCCAGGACUUUGCAAUUUUGCUUUAAAAAAAAAAGAAAGAAAAGAAAAAGCAAAACCAAAAGAAAAAAAAAGGCAAGAAAGAACUAAACUCCCCCCUCCCUUGCCUCCAGCCGGCCUGCACCUCGGUCUUGCACUUUGCACGGAGGGAGAGGGUGAGAGAGAGAGAGCGCGCGCGCACGCGAGAGAUCCGGAGAGAGAAAAGAAAAUAAUAAUAGUAACCAUAAGAGCCAGGCAGAAGAAGAGAGAAGCGUGAAGUGUUAACCUCCCUGGUGUGGAGGCCCGUGCCUCCGGGACAGCCACCCGCCGCGCCACACAGCCUGGGAGCAGCCGCCGCGCGCGCCCCGCCUGCAGCCCGGCCGGCUUAGGCGAGCCCUCCUUAUGCAAAGCGCGCAGCGGAGCGGCGAGCCGGGGACGCCGCGCACCGGGCCGUGCUCCUCCGGCAUCCUCUCUGCCGCUGUCAUCGCCACCGCCACCGCCAGCAGCGGAGGACCUUCCCGAGCCUGAAGCGCCCGGGAUCGGAGCUCAGGGAGGCGAGCAGGCGAGGAGGGGCCCGGGGCGAGCGGGAGAGAGAGAGAGCAAGAGAGAGAAAGAGAGAGAGAGCACAUUGGCGUGAGCAAAAGGGGGAGGGAGGGCGGGCGCGGGGGGCUGCGGGCAGGGCGGGGGGUGUGUGCACGCUGAGCUUUCGGGCCACAGCCACCGCCGCGCGAGCUAGAAGCGCCCUAGCCCGGCAAGCUGGCUCACCCGCUGGCCACCCAGCACAGCCCGCUGGCCCCUCUCCUGCAGCCCAUCUGGCGGAGCGGCGGCGGCGGUGGCGGAGGCAGGAGGAUGGCUUCAGAACUGGCAAUGAACAAUUCCGACCUGCCCACCAGUCCCCUGGCCAUGGAAUAUGUUAAUGACUUCGAUCUGAUGAAGUUUGAAGUGAAAAAGGAACCGGUGGAGACCGACCGCAUCAUCAGCCAGUGCGGCCGUCUCAUCGCCGGGGGCUCGCUGUCCUCCACCCCCAUGAGCACGCCCUGCAGCUCGGUGCCCCCGUCCCCCAGCUUCUCGGCGCCCAGCCCGGGCUCGGGCAGCGAACAGAAGGCGCACCUGGAAGACUACUACUGGAUGACCGGCUACCCGCAGCAGCUCAACCCGGAGGCGCUGGGCUUCAGCCCGGAGGACGCGGUCGAGGCGCUCAUCAGCAACAGCCACCAGCUCCAGGGUGGCUUCGAUGGCUAUGCGCGGGGAGCGCAGCAGCUGGCCGCGGCAGCGGGGGCCGGCGCCGGCGCCUCCCUGGGCGGCAGCGGCGAGGAGAUGGGCCCCGCCGCCGCCGUGGUGUCCGCCGUGAUCGCCGCGGCCGCCGCGCAGAGCGGCGCGGCACCCCACUACCAUCACCACCACCACCACGCCGCGGGGCACCACCACCAUCCGACGGCCGGCGCCCCGGGAGCCGCGGGCGGCGCGUCCGCCAAUGCGAGCGGCGCGGGUGGCGCGGGCGGCGGUGGCCCGGCCAGCGCCGGGGGCGGCGGCGGCGGAGGCGGCGGCGGGGGCACGGCGGGGGCGGGGGGCGCCCUGCACCCGCACCAUGCCUCGGGCGGCCUGCACUUCGACGACCGCUUCUCGGACGAGCAGUUGGUGACCAUGUCGGUGCGCGAGCUGAACCGGCAGCUGCGCGGGGUCAGCAAGGAGGAGGUGAUCCGACUGAAGCAGAAGAGGCGGACCCUGAAAAACCGCGGCUAUGCCCAGUCCUGCCGCUUCAAGAGGGUGCAGCAGAGACACGUCCUGGAGUCGGAGAAGAACCAGCUGCUGCAGCAGGUAGACCACCUCAAGCAGGAGAUCUCCAGGCUGGUGCGCGAAAGGGACGCCUACAAGGAGAAAUACGAGAAGCUGGUGAGCAGCGGCUUCCGAGAAAACGGCUCGAGCAGCGACAACCCUUCCUCUCCCGAAUUUUUCAUGUACCCAAGGGACUCCUCUACAUCUGUGAUGUGAGAAAAGCAGUUGCCCGAAGCUGAACAGAGUAACUACUCCAAUCUGAACAGAUCUCAACCCUUCAUCCUGGUGCUACAGACUUUUCCCCACUCUAGAGAAGGUCGUCCUUCUCCCUGAAUGCCGGAUCAUUGGAUGAAUUUGAGCAAAACUGACAUCCAUUGUCUAGAUCCGUUCUACCUGACUUUGUGAACAUUCCAAAUGUACAAUGGUUUAUAAUGUUUGUGCUCGCCCCUGGAGAUGUUUAGCAUAAUUCCAAUGCACAGAGUGUUGUCCUUCUGAAUCCAUAGGCUGCAAUGGAGCUAGCUGACUUCCACAUCAACUGGAGGCAGAAGGGGAGGGAAGGCGACAUGUGGAAGGCCAGGGUCUGAUUUUCAUCUACUAGGGAAAAGAAAGUGGUGCUGUUUAAACGUGUUUUCAACUCCAAGUAUCCCAGUAUGGAUUUGAUUACGAACCUUCUCCAAAUGGAGAGCCUGAGCCACACACUCUCACACCCACCAUGACAUACUGUCAUGGCUUUGUGAGUUCCUUUCACUUCUCAAUAGCUGGCAAAACAACAUAUAAUUCUUUUUUUUUUCCUCUCCAUUAAAAAGUUUGCUUGCUGAAAUUUGCAUGAAAUAUUCUUAUUUUAUUUUAUUUUUCUCUCUGAAAGGGAGUAAAAGUCACACUGUCAAAUUGUGGUUCUUUGCAAAGAAGGCUCUUGAGGUAUGCAGAGAAUGAGAGUAUUGGGUUAAAGCAACAAAAACAACAGCAGCAGCAACAAAACCAAAGCACACAUGCCCCCUCUAUUCAACAAUAAUGCCUGAUUAUUUAUGUCCGUUUGCUAUGUUGCAAAAAGUCUCAUUUUUAAUAACUACUCUGUGACUACACAAUGUGGUUUCUCUGCAAACCUUAUAAAAGUUAAGGGUUUUUUAAUCUAGAUUUCUUUGUCUAGAUUUGAUCUCAAAGUGCUCCUUCGGUUUGACUUGCAUGCCUGUAAUGUGCAUGCAGCUGCAGUACUUAUUCCUUACUUGUGUGGGUCUUUAUAAUUCUCAUUUGAAAGCCACCUGAUAAAUACGAUGAUCUAGACCUACUGGUAGGUUUUGUGACAUUGAAACCAUCCAUUUUUGAGCAAAAAGUUGAUGAACAUUAAAAACAAGGUUCACACUGGUCCUGACCUGAUUGGUAAUAUUUCAUAUAAGGUUACCAGUGGGAGAGAAAUCAAAUUUCAUCUGUGAACAUGAUUGACAGGCAAGAGUAAAGGGAGAGAAAGACAUUUGUCCGGGAAGGGAAUUUGGGGAGAAGGACAAUGCUUCUAGGUUCCUUAUGGCAUUAGGUAUUAUAAGCCGAUGUAUGGAAAGCUCACUGCCUGGUGCUUUGGGGAGAGCUGUUUUUAGUAAGUCACUUUGGUUACGAGGUUUCACUUCAAUAAGUGCAGUUAUGGUGGACCAGUGGGCUCUCUGUCUCUAGCCUAUUCCAGCCAGAUAUAGCUUAGUGGCUCAUGUCUGGCACCUUAAUGAUAAGGUGAGUUUUGAAAAUGGAAACACAAGAUUUGGAGAGAGCUAUCAAGUUGCCUUUUGAUUACUGUCAGAAAUGUAGUCUGGAUUAUACAACGGUUCAUGGUCAUAUUACAAAUUAUUCAUUCAAGGGCUGGAGAGAUGGCUCAGUGCUUAAGAGCUCAUACCGCUCUCAAAGAGGACCUCUUUGGAUCUUAGCACCCAUAUUUGGUGCAGCUCAAACAUCUGUAACUCUAACUCCAGGGAUCUGACACCUUCUACUGGCCUCCAGGGACAUCCAACAGAUGUUUAUAGACAGACAGACACAUGCACACCCACACAUACAUGCACACACACACACACACACACACAUACACUUUAAAAUAUUCACCUAGUUAAUAUUACAAGAAGAUUAAAUUCUCUACUUCAGUAGCAUCCCUUGACUUUGACUAACAUUCACUAUUAUAUGUCAUAGACCCAAAUCUGCUAAUCAAUCAAAAUGCAUUUAGGCCUUCCUUCUCAAGAAAGUUCUAGCACUCAGGUCAAACACCUAAGCAUGGCUUGUCUGUCUUCUAUCCAGCCUUGCUUCUUGACUGACUUGUCCCACAGCUACACUGGCUAAGGUGUGACCAUGGAAACAAGUGAUGCUCUUGCCUGACCCUCUGGCUCAGUGUGGCUUUUGAACUAACCUUUGAAGCUGUCUUCUGACUUGCAGUGUACUAAGGUGUGGGUAGCUCUAACUGUCUGCAAUUUGCAUCCAAUUAAAAAGUAAGCCUUCCUGCUCCUGUGUCUUAGGGUCCUGAAACAGGACUUAGAAGGUGGCAAAGAGUCACAGCCAGUUUAUGUGUCUGUUACAACCAUUUCAGAUGUUCCUGGUCUUGGCUUAGGACCCACCUGGAUGCAAUCGAGUCUUACAGCGCUGUCUUGGGGAAUGGCAGACAAGACAGGUGCAUAAGAGAGAGGCUGGUGGUGACUGUCCUGUCAUCUACAAGAAAUAAAAUAUAUAGAAAUACUCUUUGUUCACAGACACCAUUCCCGCCCCAGUCUUCACAGUAUGGGCAUGAUUUUCUCUAGCUGUCCCUGUACCCACGGAAUGACUUCAAAAACUUACUAACUGUUAAGAAGCCUACCCCCCUAUUUUCCAAACAGAGUAACAUGAAACCACGAGAUAAAAACAGUCUUCAAAGCCUUGUCCCUGCCUACCUGUCUCUAGGUUGUUGCUUAUAAGCCUCUGGGGAAAUAUGCAAAUAUAAGUUCAUAGUUCCCAUUGGACAUGUGUGCUUCAGCCAGUGUCCCUCCCAGAAUCUAUGAGAAUAUUUGAUAGAUCUAAACCUGCAUUUCCACAAAGGAAACUUCGAGCCCCCACACUGUAAGUUCUGAUCAACACCUCUGGAAAGACCAAAUGUUUGGUCUUGACCCUGUCCUCCAAUAAAAGCUGAUUGGGGCAGCCAGACAGUAAGUCUUUAGGCUAUGUCCUAGGAGAAAGUAGGCAUUCUCUCUCACUUGAGCAUUUGCGGUGAGGACCAAUCUGAUAGAAAUCUCCUUGAGUGUAUUUCAAGCUUAUUGGAUUUUGAUCUCGUUUGGCUCUGGGACAAUUAAGGAGAAGAUUUUGCUUAAAGUGUUUCAUGAUCCCGACUCCACCUCCUUGUCUUCUGUUGCUGCUGUUUGUUUCUUUAGAUUA